AAAAAGGAUCACAAUAUACCCGAACCAGGAGAACACAGGGGUUUAGAGUUCAUCGACUCCACACCUCCGUAACGAUUAGGGUUUCGCUCUUUCGCUAGCUCUGUGACCAAAAAUGGGUGCCAAAAUCAUCCAAUUCGAUCAAGGAUGGAGCUGUUUGCAGAAGGGGAUCACGAAGCUGAAGAAGAUUCUAGAGGGAGCUCCGGGUGGUCAUUUCAGUUCAGAGGAGUACAUGGCUCUCUACUCAACCAUCUACAACAUGUGCAGUCAAAAUUCCCCAAAUUAUUCUCAGCAGUUGUAUGAGAAAUACGGCGAGUCGUUGACGGAGUACAUCAGAGCGACGGUGCUGCCCUCCAUCGCCGAGAACCACGGUGAGUUUAUGCUGCGGGAGUUCGUGAAUAGAUGGGCCAAUCACAAGGUCAUGGUCAGGUGGCUCUCUCAUUUCUUUAGUUAUCUUGAUCGCUGGUUCGUUUCGCAGAAAAGUUUGCCUAGAUUGAAGGAAGCCGGGCUUGUUGUUUUUCGGGAGUGUGUUUAUGAGAAGGUAAAGAGCAAUGUCGUGGCUUGUGUGAUUGGUUUUAUUGAUAAGGAGCGGGAAGGGGGUCGGAUUGAUAGGGGUUUGUUGAAGAAUGUGGUGGAUGUGUUUGUGGAAGUUGGGAUGGGGCAAAUGGGUGGUUAUGAAGUGGACUUUGAGGCGGAGAUGCUUGCGGAUAGUGGUGAGCAUUAUUCGCGCAAAGCGGUGAGUUGGAUUUUGGAGGAUUCUUGCCCGGAUUACAUGGUGAAGGCAGAGGAAUGCUUGAGGAGGGAGAAGGAGAGGGCUUCUCAUUACUUGCAUUCGAGCAGUGAGCAGAAGCUGGUGGAGAAAGUGCAGCAUGAGCUGUUGGUGGUUCAUGCACACCAGCUAAUCGAUAAAGAGCAUUCUGGAUUUCGUGCUUUGAUUCGUGGUGAUAAGGUGGAGGAUUUGUCUAGGAUGUUCAGGCUGUACCAUAAGAUACCUAAAGGCUUGGAGCCUGUUGCUAAUGUGUUUAAACAACAGGUUACUGAUGAAGGUAAGGCCUUGGUUCAGCAGGCCGAAGAUGCUGCGAGUAGCCAGCAGGGUUCGAACGGAGCUGGGGCAGAAGUGGGACUGGUCCUUAUCAGGGAAAUUUUGGAGCUCCAUGAUAAGUAUAUGGCGUAUGUCACUGGUUGCUUUAUGAACCACUCGGUCUUUCACAAGGCUUUGAAAGAGGCUUUUGAGGUGUUUUGCAAUAAAUCUGUUGCUGGGAUUUCUAGUGCCGAAUUACUUGCUGGAUUCUGUGAUAAUUUACUCAAGAAGGGGACUAGUGAAAAGUUGAGUGAUGAGAUCAUUGAGGAAACUCUUGAGAAGGUUGUUGUGCUGCUUGCUUAUUAUAGUGACAAAGACCUUUAUGCAGAAUUCUGUAGGAAAAAGCUUGCCCGUCGGCUGCUAUUUGAUCGGAGUUGCAACGAAGAUCAUGAGAAAAGUUUUCUAACCAAGCUGAAACAGCAAUGUGGUGGACAGUUUGCCUCAAAGAUGCAGGGAAUGGUCACAGAUAUGACACUGGCAAAGGAUAUUCAGACCAAUUUCGAACAAUAUCUUGGAACCAAUCCAAAUGUUAAACCUGGGAUUGACUUAUCAGUCACUGUUCUUAAAACUGGUUGCUGGCCAAAUUACAAAUCAUCUGAUCUUAACCUUCCCCAAGAGAUGGUCAAGUGCGUUGAAGUGUUCAAAGGAUUCUAUGAUUCACAAACAAAACGCAGAAAAUUGGCAUGGAUUUACUCAUUGGGAACUUGCAACAUUGUUGGCAAGUUUGAACCAAAACCCAUUGAAUUGGUUGUAUCAACCUACCAAGCUGCUCUCCUGCUGCUAUUCAAUGAUUCAGAUAGAUUAAGCUUUUCAGAAAUAUUGACUCAGCUAAAGCUUACCAAUGAGGACUUGGUUAGAUUGCUUAGUUCACUGUCGUGUGCCAAGUAUAAGAUCCUCAUUAAGGAGCCAAAUACGAAGACUGUUAAGCCAGAUGACAACUUUGUGUUCAAUUCUAUGUUCACUGACAAAAUGAGGAAAAUUAGGAUUCCUCUCCCGCCAAUGGUUGAUGAAAAGAAAAAGGUGACUGAAGAUGUUGACAAAGAGCGGAAGUAUGCUAUUGAUGCUGCACUUGUGAGGAUUAUGAAGAGUCGGAAAGUUUUGGGUCAUCAAAAAUUAGUCAUGGAAUGUGUUGAGAUGGUGCAGAGCAUCUUCAAGCCAGACAUCAAAACAAUUAAGAAGCGCAUUGAAGAUCUCAUUACCCGUGAUUACCUGGAGAGGGACCAUGAAGACUCUAAUAUGUUCAAGUAUGUUGCCUAACUGAAGGUACCAUUUGAGUCUUAAUAGGACUCUACAGGAACAUGAUGUGCCUUUUCACCCUCUUGUGCAGGGCUUUUAGAAAAUCUAGGUUUUUUGUGCAAUUCUAACUGUCUAUCACAGUACUGGGUUACUUGAAAUGGCAUGUGCAGUGAUUACUCUUUUCAAACUUUUGAUUACAGUUGACUGACAGAUAUGGUUUCUAAAUCAGAAAUUGUUUUGCAAUUUGUUGUCAUCAAAAUUAUUUUAA